CCCGACAACCCUCCAUAUAACCCCACUCUCCAUCUCUCCAAAGCCCUCCACUUCCCACUCAGACACGUCCAAGGCACAGGCUGAGAGACACGAGCGAGCGCUCCAAUGGAAGCCGAAUCAUCACCGUUCGAGAGCAGCGAGAUGCUGGCGAGCUUCUUGGCGUCGACGCCGUUCCUGGCGGAGUCGUGGAGAGCGUGUAGCUUCGCCAACUCCGAAGCUCCGAGGAGCUUCGUGGCGGAGCUUCGUGGUGAGGUCGGGUACCUGGCGUUCUCGGGCGUCCAGGCGAUCGACCGGUCCGAGCCGACUUGCGGGACCCUGAUGGCGCUGGGCGAGUGUGGGUGCAGGGAUCUGUUCUCGCCGUUGACGUUCGACGGCGACGGCGAGGCCGAAGAGACGGUCAAGGUGGACGCCGGAUUCCUCCGUCUCUUCCUGGGAUUCUACCAGCGACGGGAUUUGCAGAACCAGAUUCAGGAAUUACUGGGAAAUGUUAAGAUGAUUAUCCUCACAGGCCAUUCCUUUGGAGCGACAACCGCCUCUCUCACUGCUCUCUGGCUCCUCUCCCAUCUACAGCCCACGGCAUCUCCCAUCUCAGUCCUCUGCCUCACCUUCGGCACUCCCUUGCUCGGCAACAAGUCCCUUUCCCGAGCCAUUCUCCGAGAAAGAUGGGGCGGGAGCUUCUGUAACGUCGUCUCGAAGCUCGAUGUGGUGCCGAGACUGUUCUUCGCUCCGCUAGCCUCCUUGGCUCCUCAACUGCACUUGCUGCUUCAGUUUUGGCAAGUCGCUGCUGCUUCUCCCAGUUUAGAACAGCUUGUUGGAGAACUGCGAAAACAGAAUUUCAAUGAAUUCUUCAGCAACGUCAUGGAUUGUGCUAAAGAUGCCGCACAAUCAGGAGGAGGGGCUAACAACAGUUUGUUUUGGCCCUUGGGAAGCUACCUAUUCUGUUCAGAAGAGGGAGCGAUCUGUCUGGAUAAUGCAACUUCUGUUAUUAAGAUGAUGCAUUUGAUGCUCGAGACAGUCUCUCCAGCUUCCAGUUUUGAGAAUCAUCUGAAGUGUUUUGAGGAUCAUCUGAAGUAUGGUUAUUAUACAGGACUACUUUCUUUGCAAUUCCUGAAAAGGAUAAACACCAGCGGCCUCUCCGCGUCAAGCUACGAAGCUGGCGUCUUCUUAGCAUUACAAUCCUCAGGAAUAAAUCCACAGGAUGACAAUAUUUCAAAACCAGCUAAAGAUUGCCUCCAGAUGGCUCGGCACAUGGGACGUGCACCGAACCUGAACAAUGCUCAUCUAGCUAUAAGACUAUCUAAGAUAACGCCCUGCAGAGCACAGCUCGAGUGGUAUAAGGCACGCUGCGACGAGUCCGAGGAUCAACUUGGCUAUUACGACACAUUCAAGGAAUAUGGAGCAUCCAGGAGGGAGUCCACGAUCGACAUGAACCUGUUCAGACUUGCCGCAUUCUGGAAUGAUGUCGUAGGCAUGGUAGAACGGAAUGAACUCUCGUACGAUUUCCACCGCAGGUCCAAGUGGAACAAUGCAGCCCACUUCUAUAGGCUCCUCGCCGAGCCCUUGGAAAUCGCUCGCUAUUACCGUCGUGGCAUGCACCGACAGAAGGGACACUACAUCAAGCAUGGAAGGGACAGGAGAUUCCAGAUUUUGGACAGAUGGUGGAAUCGAAGGAUUGCUGUUGCGGCGCAAGAACCACAACAAAUUAACAACAAGCGUAGUCGGAGCAGGCACACAAGCUUUACUCAAGAUUCUUUGUUUUGGGCAAAGGUGGAGGAAGCGAAGGACUGGCUCAAGCACGUGAGAAAGGAAAGGGACUCGAAUAAGUUGGGAUCGCUUUUGGCGAACAUGAAGGAUUUCGAGAAGUAUGCGAAUGAGCUAAUUGCAAGGAAGGAGGUGUCCAUAGAUGUUCUGGCUAAGAACUCCAGUUACAGCUUAUGGGCCGAGGAUUGGAAAGCUUUGAAGUUGGAGUUCCAGCAGCCACCUUCUGAUCCUGCUCUGAAUGGAAUGGAUUGUGAUUGAA